ACCCUCCUCCUUGCCCUACUUCUCCAUAGAAGCCAAAUAAGGUCUUACUCUCCUGGGGUCCAACCACUGGGGACAUUGAACAUGUUCCUGUCUUUUCCACCAGCCCCUGCCCCUGCCUCUGGCCCUAACUCUUUUCCUUCCAGCAUCCUUCUCACCAGCACCUAGAAUAUUGGGUGUUGAGAGGAACCUCGGGAAACUCUGGUCAGCCUCCUACAGAGGGAAAAAAGAAGGCCUCUGGAACUGGCUAGAACUGACCUUGACCUCCAGCUGUACCAUUUCCAGGCUGGCCUUUGUUAAAGCCCAGGCUGGAGUCUCAGGCUCCUCACCUGGGAAAGAAAUACUGUCAUAGCCUGUGGUGGGAAUUAGCAGUGAGGAGCAAAUGUGCCCAGCUCAGGACUGGCACCUAGGUGAGGCUUCUCAGCUAGGGGAAGGAUUGUAACCUAGGGCCCCCCACAUUGCUUCACAGAUGAGGAACUUGUAGCACGUGACUAGCUCAGGCCAUUGAGCCUAGCAGAAACAGAGGCUAGCUGGUUGAACUCCACGCCAGUUUCCCAUUCCUAGACCCGUCUGCGUCAGAUUGCAAUGUGCAAAGACUGUUGCACAAUACAACAAUGCCCCACGUUGAUGAUGCCUUACCUCUAUGGGGGCAUAGGGCUGGGCGGGCUCCUACUCCUGCUUGUGGUCAUUCUGUCCAUCUGCUUAUGUCGGCUCCAUCGGAGAGUGAGGAGGCUGAAGAGGAGCCAGGCCCAACUCCCAGAGACAGAGCUCCACUAUGCAUCUCUGCAUAAGCUGCCAGUGGCCAGCAGUGACCUUGUGAAUGGAGAAGGGGAAGGAAUAAAGGAGGAUUCUUGUACCAGCGACUAUGCCUGCAUUGCCAAGAGCAAAUCCACCUGAGCACUCCCUUCCCGCUCACCUCCCUCACCCAGGCAGGUGAUCAAGGUCAUCCCGUGGUUUAGUAGUAAAGACUGUGAUUACACCAUU